AUGGCGGCGGCAAGCACAUCAGACGAGCUGCACUGCACAUCUGAAACGGACAACGAAUAUAUAAGGCGCAUAGAAGUUGCCUUUGCCCGAUUCUGGCACAAACUAAAUAAAAAGCUGCAAACACCUCAAGUGACCGUGCAACCCCUCACAGGUGCGAGUAAACACGACCGUGCCCAUGGGGAAAAGAGAAAAAUACAGCCGCACAAGCAGACAGUACACACUAAGGGGAAGAGGCGCCCCACUCCGGGCACAGCAACUGACCCCAAACCAGCAACGCAAGCACAAUGCCCGCCGAGGCCGAGGGCCGUGAGGAAACCACCUCCGCAGCAUCAACCACCCUGCAGGGGGAAUGCCCGCCGCAGGCGGCGAAGAUACACCAGCUUCACCUGCACCCGACAAGGGAAUGUCUCGAUCUCUCAGAGCCCUCGAGUCAGUGGUCCGAAGAUGCCACCCUCCAUAAAGGCCUGGGGCUGGAGGGGGACCUCGACCCACAAUUACUGCACCGACUCCACAUGCCUUCCUAUACCCGACAACAACUGGCCACGAACAGGCAUGGGAUGAAGAGAACUAACAGAACUCUCUAACCUUUUCUCCUCACUGGAAUUCACUGCUUAACUUUCGCCUACAUGUUUGACUGCUGUUGGUAAUGAUUUAUUGCUAUGCUUAAUAUGUCACACGGCCCCCACACACUGCAGUCUGCUCUCCCUCAUUUGCUAUGUUUCCCUUACCUGAUUUUGAAUAGGCUCAAAUAGAUAUUUAUUUGUUGGAGCCUGGACGGUAGCCAGUCUGCUCAUAUAACAAUGCACGUAUGGCAGUUAGCAGUGGGGGGUGCCUGGGGAUAUAAGCACGUCAGUAUUUGCAAACAGUCAAUCGCUUAUUAUGUUAUGUUAGCGUGUUCUUAUUAUUUGAGUUAAUUUUUACACUCAGGGAACUACUGAACCUACGCAAUCACCCUAUACAAAACUUGCUCACUUAACCUAUUACAACUAGUCAUUGUUAAGCGACUUAAAUUGCAUAUUGCCUAAACCUGUUUACAAAAGCAACGUUAAACCAUAAAACAUAAAAAAGAGGUACAAAUAUUAAGGAAAUGUUAGAUACCACUGUUAUUGAGCCCUGUACUGUAUUCUAAAUGCACAUUUCCCUCUCUCUAUUCUGUAUCCCAUCUAAUAUGCCUCAAUAAAAUACAGAUUGACAAAAAAAAAAAAUAAGUAAAUUAAAUAAAACAUUUUUAAAAUAAUAAAAAUGUAGAAAAAAAUUAUAUAUCUAUAUGAAAUUUUAUUCUAACUGUAUUUUGAUAUUAAUAUAUAUAUAUAUAUAUAUUUAUAUCAAAAUACACUUAGAAUUAAAUUGUAUAUAUAUCUAUGUAUAUAUGAAUAAAUAAAAAUAAUACGAAAUAUACAUAUGUCCAUAUACAAAAUUACAUAAAUAAUUAUAUAAAUAUACACGUAGACUUCAAAUAUAUAAAUAUGCAUAUAUAUUUAAAUUCUACGUGCAUAUUUAUGUAAUAUUUUUACAUAAUUAAGUAAUUUUAUUAAUUGCAAUUUGAGGGACCUGCCUGCCAACCCAAGCCGAAAGUCCAGAGAAUUUAAUUUGCUAGCACUGUAUUUUACCCUGUAACUUUCUAUGACACCCUAAAACCUGUACAUGGGGGGUACCGUUUUACUCGGUAGACUUCGCUGAACACAAAUAUUAGUGAUUCAAAACAGUAAAACAUAUCACAGCGAUGAUAUUGUCAGUGAAAGUGACUUUUUUUCGCAUUUUUCACACACAAACAGCACUUUUACUGAUGAUAUAAUUGUUCUGAUACGUUUUACUGUUUUUAAACACUAAUAUUUGUGUUCAGCAAAGUCUCCCGAGUAUAACAGUACCCCCCAUGUACAGAUUUUAUAGCGUUUGUGAAAGUUACAGGGUCAAAUAUAUGGGUCAAAUAUUUUUACAUUGAAAAUAGCCUGGUUGGUUACGUUGCCUUUGAGAGCGUAUGGUAGCCCAGGAAUGAGAAUUACCCCCAUGAUGGCAUACCAUUUGCAAAAGAAGACAACCCAAGGUAUUGCAAAUGGGGUAUGUCCAGUCUUUUUUAGUAGCCACUUAUUUACAAACACUGGCCAAAAUUAGCGUUCAAUUUAGUUUUUUACUUUUUUCACACACAAACAAAUAUGAACGCUAACUUUGGCCAGUGUUUGCGACUAGGUGGCUACUAAAAAAGACUGAUAUACCCCAUAUUGAAUACCCUGGGUUGUCUACUUUAAAAAAAAAUAUGUACAUGUGGGGUGUUAUUCAGAGAUUUAUGACAGAUAAUAGUGUUACAAUGUCACUAUUGAUAAAUUUGAAAAAAUGUAUGUUUUGAAAAUAUCCUACUUGUACCUAUAGCCUUAUAACUUGCAAAAAAAAGCAUGUAAACAAUGGGUAUUUUAAAACUCAGGACAAAAUUUUGAAUCUAUUUAGCAGUUUUUUUCAUUAGCUUUUGUAGAUGAGUAAAAGACUUUUCAAGUAAAAGUCAAAAAACAUGUAUUUUUUUAAAAUUUUUCAUAAUUUUUUUAUUUUAUUUUUUAUUAAAUUACAUGAGAUUAUAUAAAUAAUGGUAUGUAAAGAAAGCCUUUUUUGUCCUGAAAAAAAACAAUAUAUAAUUUGUAUAGGAUCAGUAAAUGAGAGAGCGGAAAAUUACAGCUAAACACAAACACCACAAAAGUGUAAAAAGAGGCCUGGUCGCAAAUGUACAACAUCGCAAAAACAGUCCAGUCCUUAAGGGGUUAAGGACUGAACCAAUUGUACAAGUUGUGAUCAAAACAAAACGUAAACAAAACCUUGAAUUUGCGCUAUGUCUGCUCAGGCAUAAUUCACCUCUUUCAUAUUAUGUGCACCCACACUUAUUAUUUAUCAUUUUGUUCAUGAGAAACAGGGCUCUCACGUCACAUCAAAUAUUUGUAUAGUAAACAUAAUUUAAUAUGAAUAAAAUAUUUAAAAAAUAGAAAUUAAGAAAUGUUAUUUUUUUAGCUCUGCAUGGCAUUUUAACUGUGAAUGUCACAAUACUGUUAUCUGUUACUGCAAUAAAGUACACAUAUUUGUAUUCAGUGAUGAUAACAGUACCCUCAAUGUACAGGUUUUAUGGUGUUUUGGAAAGUUACAGGGUCAAAUAUAGCACAUUACAUUUUUCAGUUUAUACACAAUGAAAUUUGCCAGACUGGUUAUGUUGCCUUUGAGACCGUAUGGUACAGUGGCGUACACAUGACCCAUGGGGCCCCGGUGCGAAAAUUGAUCCGUGGGCCCCCUCUCGCUUACUCGGCGCGGGUCGGGGCCGCAACACAUGGCGGCGGGCACCUGGUCGCAGGGGUUGCAGGGCUGCGACCCCGGUAUGCACACACACUUAAAGGACCACUACAGACACCCAGAUCACAUCAGCUUAAUGAAGUGGUCUGGGUGCCAGGUCCCUCUAGUUUUAACCCUGCAGGUGAAAACAUAGCCGUGAAAACGGCUAUGUUUCACUGAGGGUUAAUCCAGCCUCUGGUGGCUGUCUCAUUGACAGCUGCUAGAGGAGCUUCCGCGAUUCUCACUGUGAAAAUCACAGUGAGAAGACACUGAACGUCCAUAGGAAAGCAUUGAGUAAUGCUUUCCUAUGGGCGGUUUAAAUGCGCGCGUGCGCCUCUUGCCACGCAUUUGCAUUCGGAGCUGAGGGGCGGACACUGGGGAGUCCGACGCUGGAGAAAGGUAAAUGCUGAAGAGACACACACUCUCACGAACAGAUGCAUACACACUCACUUACAAAACAUACACUUUCACUGACAAACACACACUCACUAACAGACAAACACACUCAGUAACAGACACACACUGUAACACAUUCACUAGCAGACACACACCCAAUAACAGACACACUCACUGACACACACACUAACACACGCACUAACACAAACACUAAUACACACACUAACACACAUACACUAAUACACUAACACACACAUACACUAACACACACACACUCAUACACUAACACACAUACACUAACACACAUACACACACAUACACACACUAACACACACACACACUAACACACACAUACUAAGACACACAUACACUAACACACACACACUAACACACACAUAUUAACACACACACACACAUACUAAGACACACACACUAACACACAUACAUACUAACACACAUACUAACACACACAUACACUAACACACACACAUACUAACACACACAUACACACAUACUAAGACACACAUACACUAACACACACACACACUAACACACACACACUAACACACACACACACUAACACACACACACACUAACACACACAUACACUAAACACACAUACACUACACACACACACUAACACGCACACACUACACUAACACACACACUAACACACACACACACACAUAACACACACUAACACACACAUACACACACACACAUACUAACACACACAUACACUAACACAUUUUUAUUUUUUAAAUUUAAUCCCCCCAGCCUCCUUACCUUUUGGAGUGCUGGGGGGAUUCCCUGGGGUCCAGUGGUGCUGCUGCUGGGCUCCUGGGCGGCAGGUCACUGGGUGGGCGGGCUGUCUGGGCGAGCGGGCGCGCGAGGGAGCACUUUCCCCUGAGUGCUUCCUCUUCAGCUCCCUCGCGCGCCGCUUAGGGAUGCCGGCGCCGGAAGAUGACGUCAUCUUUCGGCUCCGGUAUCAGUGCGGUGCGCGAGGGAGCUGAAGAGGAAGCACUGAGUGCUCCCUCGCGCGCCCUCCCGCCUGCCUGCCCGCUGUCAGCAGGGCCAGCCUCGGGGGUCCCUGGGGUGGUCGGCUCCUGGGCCCCCCAGGGGAAGAGGCUGGCCCUGUGGCUACAUACCGGGUCGCAGGGGCGGCCGGGCCCCCUGGUGGGCCGGGCCCAGUCGCAGCCGCGACCCCUGCGACCCUGGUAUGUACGCCACUGGUAUGGUAGCCCAGGAAUGAAAAUUACCUAUGUGAUGGCAUACCAUUUGCAAAAGUAGACAACCCAAGGUAUUAUAAAUGGGGUAUGUCCAGUCUUUUCUAGUAGUCACUUAGUCUCAAACACUGGCCAAAGUUGGCAUUCAUAUGUGUUUGUGUGUGUUAAAAAUGCAAAAAAAAAAAAAUUGAACGCUAAUUUUGGCAAGUGUUUGUGACUAAGUGGCUACUAGAAAAGACUGGACAUACCCCAUUUGAAAUACCUUGGGUUGUCUACUUUUGCAAAUGGUAUGCCAUCAUGGGGGUAAUUUUCAUUCCUGGGCUACCAUACGGUCUCAAAGGCAACAUAACCAGUCUGGCAAAUUUCAAUGUGAAAAAAGUAAAUUCAAGCCUUAUAUCUGACUCAGUAACUUUUGACAACACCAUAAAACCUGUACAUGGGGUACUGUUAUACUCGGGAGUCUUCGCUGAACACAAAUAUUAGUGUUUCAAAAUAUUAAAACAUAUCACCACAAUUAUAUCGUCAGUGAAAGUAUAGUUUGUGUGUGAAAAAUGCAAAAAAAAUUAAUUUUUACUGACGAUAUCAUCGUUGUGAUAUGUUUUUCUGUUUUUAAAACUAAUAUUUGUGUUCAGCGAAGUCUCCCGAGUAAAGCCACAUGUACAGGUUUUAUGGUGUCCUGGAAAGUUACAGGGUUAAAUAUAGGGCUUGCGAGACAAAUUCUCUGGACUUUCUGCCUGGGUUGUCGGGCAGGUCCCUUAGAUUGUAAUUAAUAAAAUGACUAUGUAAAAAUAUUAUUAUAUUAUUAUAUAUUAUAUUAUAAAUAUAUUUGUAGAAUUUAAAUAUAUAUGUACAUAUAUAUACAUUUUUUAUCAUUUUUAUUUAUAUAUAUAUAUAUAGAUACAUAUAUAGAUAUAUAUAGAUACAUAUAUGUAUUUAUAACGUCAUUCUAAAUGUAUUUUGAAUUUAAUAUAUAUAUAUAUAUAUAUAUAUAAAUCUCAAAAUACAGUUAGAACAAAUUAAAACUGGUAUAUAAUUUUGUUUUUAAUUUAAUUUAUUUAAAUUUUAUUUUUUUCAAUUCAUUUAUUGAUUAUUGAUUGAUUAUAUAUAAAUUAACGUCAUUCUAAGUGUAUUUUAAUAUUAAUAUAUAAAAUUAUAUAUAUAUAUUAAUAUUAAAUACACUUUUAUUAAUGAUAUAUGUAUGUGUAUAUAAAAAUAUAUAUAUAUAUGAUCUAAGUACUUUUUUAUUUAAUUUAAACACUGUUUUCUAACUUUUAUUAACUUUAACAAACUUUUUUACAGGAUUGACGGGGACAGCCUGAGAGCUCAGCCUGGGUGUCCACAUGAAAAGCGUCCAGCGUCAUUUAGUUGACUAAACGUUGGUUAAGCUCCGAGAAGUGCCUCUAGUGGCUGUCUGGUACAUAGCCACUAGAGGUGGAGUUAGCCCUGCAAGGUAAUUAUUGCAUUUCAUCAAAAACUGCAAUAAUUAUAAUUGCAGGGUUCACGGGAUUGGGACACAAUAAACUGAAGUGGUCUGGGUGCCUAUACCGCCCGUUUCAGGAGACUGACAAAGAAUUUCGGUUAAAACGGCUGAAAUUUUAAAAAUCUCCAGCGCUACUCUUUUUUCCUAGUUCACUUUAUUUGACUUGAAAUUUAGUUUGGGGUAAUUUCUCCGCAAUUUCUAAUUCAGUGAAUAACCCCCAUAUGUUAUAUUUUCAUGUGUUGGUUGUUGUGUGGUUUUGUUUGUGUUUAGCAGCAGGUUUGCUAAAUGUCCCCUUUCCCUUCAGCAGGUAGACGUUUUACCGCAGCCCAGACAUAAACCCCUGAUAAAACCUUUGAAGUGGUAACAUUGUGUCAUAAGCGCCUAAAACAAAAUAAAAAUUCUUGCUGACUGAAGAUUUUAGAACCUGGCUGACUUCAUACUCAGGAAUCCUCCCCAUCACAGAACUCAACUAAGUACAUGAAAAGGCCAAGAUUUGAUUGACAGCAUGGCCUAGUUUAAGAAGCCCACUAAACGUUGUUUAAACACCUUUCUUGAUGCCUUCCAGUAAAACUGCGAGUGAUAGAAGUUAGGGUUAAAGGGUAGGCAUAUGGUUAUCGUAAAGAAAAUUAGUGGUUUGGAAAAUAUGCCUUUUAUUCUCAGCCACAUGGAUAUUGACGUAAAGGAACACUUCAACCACACGGUAGUGGUUAUACUGCCCAGAGUGCCCUGGUGCCAUAGCUUUAAAACCAUUCAACUUUUUACCAGGGUUCUACCUCCUACCCCCAUUGCCCCCCACCCCACCGAGCCUCAAUUACAGCUAAAACCAGAAGCUCUCAGUCUGAGCGAAGUCUGGCACUGUGGGGCUUAGCUCAUAGAUUAAGAGCAUUUAGCCAAUAAGUUGGUCCUCCACUGCUAUGGAACCCUAACUAAAGCUUCUAGCCAGGAGUAGAGGUGGGGAGCGAUGUCUGGAGGACCCCAGGUAAGUAGGCAAACAGUUAUAAAAUAGUUUAAUCAAUGAGUAUUAAAUCUGCUUUUUUUAUAUCUAUCUAUAUCUCUAUAUCUAUAUCUCCCCUAUUUAUCUAUAAAUACACUAUUUGGUGAUCAAUAAAAAUCACUCCUUGAACUCGUUCUUUUGCCUCUAGGGCAGCACAGCAACCCAAUACUUGAAAUCACAAACAAGAAAUGAAGGAGAUAUAUAGAAAUGCACUUACGCUACUUUUACAUGUAACAAAGUAGCUAUAAUGUAUUAUUUAAAUCUCUGACAUUGAUACACAUUAUCGUUUUCUCUAUAUAACCAGACCCCCACACCCGGCCCAUAUUUAUUGUCAUUGUUAACUAGGGCGCAGCUUGUCCUGGCGGAUGUGCUUUCUGUGCCGCAACAGGAACAUUUUAAAGCAUUCCGAACAACAGAGGAGCUUUUUUAAUAGCAUGCCAAGUGUUGAACAAAACGCGUCUGGUAAAGUAUGUCCAAUAUCUGGAAGUGAUUUCAGCUACCUUUUAAUUUUUUAACUGGUGGACCUACCUAAUUUAAAUUGUUCCUGCCGUAGCAUGGAAAUGACCUCAGUCAAGACAAGCACUCCUGGCACCAUAACAAAUACAGCUCACUUUUGUAGUUAUGGUGUUUGUACUGUUGCUUUAAAGGAACACUCCAGACACCAUAACAACUUCACUGGAAGGAACUCGUUAUGUUGCAGGAGGUCCCAGUGUCAAAUUACCUUUGGGCAUUAAACUGUCCACAAACAAUUUAUCUGGAGGAGCACAAUGAUGAAAGCACAGCCCCACACUGGACCCCAGGUAAAGGAUCCACACUGAAACACAGGUAAAGGAUCCACACUGGACCCCAGGGAAAGGAUCCACACUGGACCCCAGGGAAAGGAUUCACACUGGACUUCAGGGAAGGAUUCACAUUGGACCCCAGGGAAGGAUUCACACUGGACUCGAGGGAAAGGCUUCACACUGGACCCCGGGAAAAGGAUCCACACUGGACCCCCCCAGGGAAAGGAUUCACACUGGACCCCAGCUAAGGAUUCACAUUGGACCCCAGGGAAGGAUUCACAUUGGACCCCAGGGAAGGAUUCACACUGGACUCCAGGGAAAGGAUUCACACUGGACCCCAGGGAAAGGAUUCACACUGGACCCCGGGAAAGGAUUCACACUGGAUCCCAGGAAAGGAUUCACACUGGACCCCAGCUAAGGAUUCACAUUGGACCCCAGGGAAGGAUUCACAUUGGACUCCAGGGAAAGGAUUCACACUGGACCCCAGGGAAAGGAUUCACACUGGACCCCGGGAAAGGAUUCACACUGGAUCCCAGGAAAGGAUUCACACUGGACCUCCCCCAGGGAAUGAAUUCACAGUGGAACCUAGUGAAAGGAUUCUCACUGGACUCCAGGGAAAGGAUUCACACUGGACCCCGGGAAAGGAUCCACACUGGACCCCAGGUAAAGGAUCCCCACUGGACGCCAGGGAAAGGAUUUACACUGGACCCCAGUGAAAGGAUCCACACUGGACCCCAGGGAAAGGAUUUACACUGGACCCCAGUGAAAGGAUCCACACUGGAUCCCAGGGAAAGGAUCCACACUGGACCCCAGGGAAAGGAUCCCCACUGGAUCCCAGGGAAGGUUUCACACUGGACUCCAGGGAAAGGAUUCACACUGGAUCCCAGGGAAGGUUUCACACUGGACCCCCGGGAAAGGAUUCACACUGGACUACAGGGAAAGGAUCCCCACUGGACCCCAGGGAAGGUUUCACACUGGACCCCAGGGAAGGUUUCACACUGGACCCCAGGGAAAGGAUCCACACUGGACUCCAGGGAAGGUUUCACACUGGACCCCAGGGAAAGGAUUCACACUGGACCCCAGGGAAAGAGUUUACACUGGACCCCAGAGAAAGGAUCCACACUGGACCCCGGGAAAGGAUUCACACUGGACCCCAGGUAA